AUGAGUCCUGGUUUCAGUUAUUGGCACCCUGUUGAGAUUGCAGGCUCAGGACAACCACUUUUAAGGGAGAAUGAAAGGGAUAUAUACGUUGAGCAAUGUGUGGGACUAUAUCAUGGAAAAUCCAAGAUUUUGAACAAGCAAAAGGGACGGUUGUACCUCACAUCGCAAAGGAUUAUCUAUGUUGAUGAAUUGGAUGCUAAGAAAGAAUCAGUGUGUAUUGAGAACUAUGAUAUUGAGAAUAUAGAAUACAGUUCUAAGUUCUUAAAAAGGUCAGCGAAGAUCAUCCUGUUUUUCAAGGACACACCCUAUAGCGAAGACUUGGGAAAUGAAGGUGGAACGCAACAGUCAAGUACAUCGGUGACUGAAUGGCUUUGUCCUAUAUGUACGUCGAAAAAUACCUAUAACGGCACCUUGGACUCGACUCAAAGCACAUUACCUGCAUGUCAAACCUGUGGUGUUCCGGCCGACAAAGAUAUGGCUAAAGAUUCGAUAACUGUUAAAGCGGAGGAAAUAUCAAAAGGUUCUGGUAAACUUGAAAAUACAUGUCCAGUCUGUACUUUUAUCAAUCAUCCACAGUUACGGAGCUGUGAGAUGUGUGGAGCUAGAUUGAAGCAACUUGAUAGAAUAACCGCUAAGAAUACGUAUAACAGUAAAGAUAAUAAGUAUGGUGAUGGUGUUAGGAUAGUACUUGAAGAAAAAUCAUCAGCAACUGAGGCACAAAAGCAGUUUGGGCAACUGAGUUUUAGGAAAACUGAUGGGACAGUUUUUUAUGAGGCUCUUGCAAAACAAUUACAGAUCAUAGCACGGAACGAGUCCCAACAUUUAUUCAAUCAAAACGUAGUUGCGAUCAAUGGAGUGCCUAAAGACCCUGUUAUUGACCCUGAUUUAGUUUUGUUGAAUAACGAUAUGAGCUUAAUUGGUAUAACCGCAUUAGAAAAGAAUAAGGAACAUCAAUUAUUGAAGAACAAUAUCGUUAUGUCAAAUGCAUUAAGUGAUUUGAACAACUUGAUGGCGUUGGCCGAAGAAAUUGAAAAAAUGUAUCAAGAAGGAAGCAAUGAAAAGAAGAACAACUCUCCCAUACUAUUUGUUGAUAGAGAGAAAUAUUUAAACAAAGAGGUAUUUCUAGAAGAAAUUGCUAGAGAAAUAUAUGGCUUUGUUGAAUCAGAACUUAGAGGAGACAAUGGUAUAAUUGUCACCCUAGUUGAUCUUUAUGCAUUAUAUAACAAAUCUGUGAGGAUUGGAACAGGAUUAAUUUCGCCGGAUGAAAUGAGACAGGCAUGCGAGAAAUUCAAAUCAUUGGGAUUAAAUGACCUUAACCUCAUAAAAAUUAACGGACGAGUUCUCUGCCUCGCAUUCCAAGACUCUUUCGAUCACAUUCGUACCAAAAUUUCACAGAUAGCCGCUAUGAAACCGGGAGUAGACAUUUUACAAAUAACGACGGAGCUCAACGAAUAUGAGAAAAAUAGCUGGUCUAUGGGUGUAAUAUCUGAAGUUUUGCAAUACUGCGUCACGGAAGGUGACUUGGUUAUUGAUGAACAGAUAUCAGGCACUAACUACUAUUUCAAUACUUAUUGGAAGACUUGA